ACGGCUGCAGCGACGGUGGGGCCUGGUCUCUGGUGUAUGAGUAUAGCGUGUGAUUGAAUGGGCGCUGCGUCGCUGCGACGGGCGCCAUUGAGCGCGGCGGUGGCGCGGCGGCGGCGCGGGUUGCGCGCAGCCGCGGCUUCGAUCGGCGCUGGGCGACGGCGGCGCGUUGCAUAACCGUGUGGCACUCCGCGCGCGACCCCGCACCGAGCGCCCGCGAGCGCCACGCGCAGCCCCGCGCAUCCUCGCGCUCUUUACGUAACGCGCGUCCAGCCCCCAGGGCCAGUGUUUAGCUGUACGCAUAAGUGGUUCAGUUGGUGGAGCGCCUGGCUGCGGGCGACGGCCGGUUCGCUGAGGCGGCAACUGAGGCAGAUGUGGUGCGCGCGCGCCGGGAGCCAGAAGCGCGCGCGGCCUGCGGGCGUCGCGGCCAUCGAACCGCGCGCGUUCUAGACAAUACCCUAAGCACUAUAUACGGUCGGACAUGAAAAAUCUUGCCCAUUUGCUGGCUGUCCCUAUCAGCGAACACGAGCUCACUUUCAUCUCUCUGGUAGCCGCGGCCACACUGCUCUCGCGGACGACAGAAGGGCGGAGCCCCCGUAGGUGGACGGCGGGAGAUCGCGGCCGCAGGGCGUGCGGCCGCGCGCGGCCCCCGCACCAUCGCCCGCCCAUUCACUGUUAGCAGUAGGGAGUUCACUCGGGGGGAGUUCGAUAGACAAUGUCCGUGGACUUGGACUCGAUCAGCGAGGAAGAACGAAGCUUGUUCCGACCCUUCUCACGAGAGUCACUGGCCGCUAUCGAAGCCCGCAUAGCAGAGGAGCAUGCCAAGCAAAAGGAACUCGAGAAAAAACGAGCGGAAGGCGAGAACGAUUUGGGGCGGACGAAAAAGAAAAAAGAAGUACGGUACGAUGACGAGGACGAGGACGAGGGCCCGCAGCCGGACGCGACGCUGGAGCAGGGCCUGCCGCUGCCAGUGCGCAUGCAGGGCUCCUUCCCGCUCGAGCUCGCCUCCACGCCCCUCGAGGACAUUGACCCUUUCUAUCACAAUCAAACAACCUUCGUAGUCAUAAGCAAGGGUAAAGAUAUCUUCAGGUUUUCUGCCACCAAUGCCUUAUGGAUACUGGAUCCAUUCAACCCUAUAAGAAGAGUGGCGAUAUACAUUCUAGUGCACCCUUUGUUCUCCUUGUUUAUUAUUACUACUAUCUUAGUCAACUGCAUUCUUAUGAUAAUGCCUACAACGCCUACCGUCGAAAGUACUGAAGUUAUCUUUACCGGAAUCUACACGUUUGAAUCGGCGGUGAAAGUAAUGGCCAGGGGUUUCAUUCUGCAGCCAUUCACAUACCUUAGAGAUGCAUGGAAUUGGCUUGACUUCGUAGUUAUAGCUUUAGCUUAUGUGACGAUGGGGAUAGAUCUCGGCAACCUGGCCGCUCUCAGAACGUUCAGGGUACUGCGAGCGUUGAAGACUGUGGCCAUCGUGCCGGGUUUGAAGACCAUCGUGGGCGCCGUGAUAGAAUCGGUGAAGAACCUUCGGGACGUGAUCAUCCUGACGAUGUUCUCGCUGUCGGUGUUCGCACUGAUGGGGCUGCAGAUUUACAUGGGGGUGCUGACGCAGAAGUGCGUCAAGGUGUUUCCGGAGGACGGCUCGUGGGGCAAUCUCACCGAUGAGAACUGGGAGAGGUUUUGUCAGAACGAAACAAAUUGGUAUGCAGGCGAGAACGGGGAUUAUCCGCUGUGCGGGAAUUCUUCGGGAGCUGGUCAAUGCGAGCCGGGCUACAUCUGCCUGCAAGGCUACGGGCCGAACCCCAACUACGGCUACACCAGCUUCGACACCUUCGGCUGGGCCUUCCUCUCCGCCUUCCGCCUCAUGACGCAGGACUAUUGGGAGAACCUCUACCAACUGGUGCUAAGGUCAGCGGGGUCGUGGCACGUGCUUUUCUUCGUGGUGAUCAUCUUCCUGGGCUCGUUCUAUCUCGUCAACUUGAUCUUGGCCAUCGUCGCCAUGUCCUACGACGAGCUGCAGAAAAAGGCCGAGGAGGAGGAGCAGGCCGAGGAGGAGGCGCUCAGGGAAGCGGAAGAGAAGGCAAAGGCGCGGGCGGAGAAGGCGGAGGCUCGGGAGGCGCACGCGCGCGACAUGGCGGAGGCGGCCGAGGCGGCCGCGUACGCGCAGGCGCACCCCGCCAAGUCGCCCUCCGACUUCUCCUGUCAGUCCUACGAGCUGUUCGUGAACCAGGAGCGCGGCGCGCAGGACGACAACACGCGCGAGCGUAUGUCGCUGCGAAGCGACCCCUUCCAGGACUCGGUGAGCACUCAGCCCGCGCACAAGCCCGACUCGCACCACGACGCACGCCGCCACAGGAAGGUCAGCAUGGUCCCCCACCCAGAACGCAUAAAUAAAUAUGGGCAGUUGUCAUAUGGGCCACUGCGGGAGGGCUCACAGGCGUCGUUAUCCCUGCCGGGGUCGCCGUUCAACCUGCGGCGCGGGUCGCGCGGGUCUCACCAGAUGGCGCUCCGGCCCAACGGGCGCGCGCGCUACCCGCCGGGCGCCGACCGCAAGCCGCUGGUGCUCUCCACGUAUCUGGACGCGCAGGAGCACCUGCCCUACGCAGACGACUCCAACGCAGUCACACCCAUGUCCGAAGAGAACGGUGCUAUCAUCAUUCCUGUCUACUACGCUAAUUUAGGUUCCCGACAUUCAUCUUACACAUCCCACCAGUCGCGCCUGUCGUACACCUCGCACGGCGACCUGCUGGGCGGCAAGCCGCAGACCAAGGAGGCGCGGCUGCGCGGUCGCUCCGCCUCGCGCAACCAGAGCAUCACCUCGCAGCCUCACGCCUACCCGCCACAGCGGCAGGACUCCUCGCUCGCCUCGCGCCCGCUCAGAGAAUAUGAAAUGAGUGAAUGCACGGACGAAGCUGGGAAAGUACUGAAGCCUUCAAACGAUAACCCUUUUAUAGAGUCAUCGCAGCAGCCUAACGUAGUAGAUAUGAGAGAUGUAAUGGUACUAAAUGAAAUAAUAGAACAAGCCGGGCGGCAAAGCAGAGCCAGCGAUCAGAACGUGUCAACAGUAUACUACUUCCAAACAGCGGAAGACGAUGAGGACGGGCCGACGUUAAAGGACCGGCUGCUAGACUGCCUAUGGAAGGGGAUAGACUUGUUCUGUGUGUGGGACUGCUGUUGGUUGUGGCUGGAGUUUCAGAAGUACGUCGCCCUGCUGGUGUUCGAUCCGUUCGUGGAAUUGUUUAUCACGCUGUGUAUCGUAGUCAACACGUUGUUCAUGGCUCUCGACCACCACGACAUGAAUAAAGAUAUGGAAAAGGCUUUGAAGAGCGGCAAUUAUUUUUUCACCGCAACAUUCGCCAUAGAAGCAACAUUAAAGUUAAUAGCAAUGAGUCCAAAAUUUUACUUUCAAGAGGGUUGGAAUAUAUUUGAUUUCAUCAUCGUGGCCUUAUCAUUACUGGAGUUGGGACUGGAAGGUGUUCAGGGUUUGUCAGUGUUGCGUUCAUUUCGUUUGCUGCGUGUGUUUAAACUGGCCAAGUCUUGGCCUGCCCUAAACCUUAUUAUAUCCAUAAUGGGUAGGACCGUGGGAGCUUUAGGGAACUUGACCUUUGUACUUUGCAUCAUUAUAUUCAUAUUUGCCGUGAUGGGGAUGCAGUUGUUUGGCAAGAACUACACAGAUUACGUGGAUCGGUUCCCUGACGGCGACCUGCCGCGGUGGAACUUCACGGACUUCAUGCACAGCUUCAUGAUCGUGUUCCGAGUGCUUUGCGGAGAAUGGAUAGAGAGCAUGUGGGAUUGCAUGCUGGUCGGUGACGUCUCCUGUAUUCCCUUUUUCCUGGCCACUGUUGUCAUUGGCAAUCUUGUGGUACUUAACCUCUUCUUGGCCCUGUUACUGUCAAAUUUUGGAUCCUCGAGUUUAUCUACGCCCACUGCCGACCAGGAAACGAAUAAAAUCGCAGAAGCCAUCAACCGGAUAUCAAGGUUCAUCAACUGGAUAAAGCGGAGUAUAGCGGACUUCCUGAAACUACUGAAGAACAAGUUGACCAAUCAGAUAUCUAUACACGCCCCCGGCUUAAAGGCGGCUCUGUGCGGCCGCUGCGUGUCCUCAGAGCGCGUCGACAACGAGCUGGAGCUUGGCACCGAUCUCGACGACGCCGUCCUGUACAAGGACAAGAAACUCAAGGACCAAGUCGAGGUGGCAAUAGGAGACGGCAUGGAAUUCACUAUACCAGAAGUCAAUGGUAUACUUUCAGGUGACAAUAAGUACAAGAAAGGAAAGAUAUUGAUGAACAAUAUUAACGCCAUAACGGAUAAUCAUAGAGACAAUCGUUUAGACUGCGAGCUCAAUCAUCUCGGCUAUCCUAUACAGGAUGACGAUACGAUAAGCCAGAAAUCAUACGGUAGUCAUAAAAAUAGGUCGUUUAAAGAUGAAAGUCAUAAAGGUUCAGCUGAUACGAUAGACGGGGAAGAAAAGAAAGAUGCUAGCAAGGAAGAAUUAGGUUUAGAAGAAGAAAUAAUAGAAGAAGAAGAAGAGGGUAAAAUGGAUGGCAUCCCCAAACACGACAUUGUCGCUAACGACGAAGACGUGAUCGACGACACGCCCGCCGACUGCUGUCCUGAACCUUGCUAUCAGAAGUUCCCCUUCCUCGCCGGAGACGACGAUUCCCCAUUCUGGCAAGGCUGGGGCAUGCUUCGAUUAAAGACUUUUAGACUGAUAGAAAACACCUAUUUUGAAACGGCUGUGAUUACUAUGAUCUUGCUCAGUAGUUUGGCUUUGGCUUUAGAAGAUGUACAUUUGCCUCAUCGACCAAUCCUCCAAGACAUUUUGUACUAUAUGGACCGCAUUUUCACCGUUAUUUUCUUCCUCGAGAUGUUGAUCAAGUGGCUCGCCCUCGGGUUUCAGAAGUAUUUCACCAACGCUUGGUGUUGGCUCGACUUUAUUAUCGUCAUGGUCUCGCUUAUAAACUUCGUAGCGGCGCUUUGUGGCGCCGGCGGCAUUCAGGCGUUCAAAACGAUGCGAACGCUGCGCGCGCUGCGUCCGCUCAGGGCCAUGAGCCGCAUGCAGGGCAUGAGGGUGGUGGUAAAUGCUUUAGUACAGGCAAUCCCCUCCAUCUUCAACGUACUGCUGGUGUGUCUCAUCUUCUGGCUAAUCUUUGCCAUCAUGGGUGUUCAACUAUUUGCUGGGAAAUACUUCAAGUGCGUCGAUAUGAACCACACGACCUUGAGCCACGAAAUCAUUCCGGACAAAAAUGCGUGCAUCUUGGAAAAUUACACAUGGGAAAACUCACCUAUGAACUUUGAUCAUGUGGGCAAAGCCUACUUGUGCCUGUUCCAAGUUGCUACGUUCAAGGGAUGGAUUCAGAUCAUGAACGAUGCCAUUGAUUCUAGAGAGGUCGGCCGUCAACCAAUACGAGAAACAAAUAUAUACAUGUAUCUUUACUUCGUAUUCUUCAUAAUAUUCGGCUCUUUCUUCACUCUUAACCUGUUUAUCGGAGUUAUCAUCGACAACUUCAACGAGCAGAAAAAGAAAGCCGGCGGCAGCCUCGAGAUGUUCAUGACGGAGGACCAGAAGAAGUACUACAACGCCAUGAAGAAGAUGGGCUCCAAGAAACCGUUGAAAGCCAUUCCUAGACCUAAGUGGCGGCCACAAGCAAUAGUGUUCGAGAUAUGCACGGACAAGAAGUUCGACAUGAUCAUCAUGUUGUUCAUCGGCUUCAACAUGCUGACGAUGACGUUGGACCACUACCAGCAGACGGAGACGUUCAGCACCGUGCUCGACUAUCUCAACAUGAUAUUCAUCGUGAUAUUCAGUUCCGAGUGCCUAUUGAAAAUAUUCGCCUUACGCUACCAUUAUUUUGUCGAACCGUGGAAUCUGUUCGAUUUUGUCGUCGUAAUGUUCUCUAUUCUUAGUUUGGUAUUGAGCGAUAUUAUAGAAAAAUAUUUUGUAUCACCAACUCUACUAAGGGUAGUAAGAGUAGCGAAAGUAGGUCGAGUCCUUCGACUGGUAAAAGGCGCCAAGGGCAUCCGGACCUUGCUUUUCGCCUUGGCCAUGUCACUGCCGGCGCUAUUCAACAUUUGCCUUCUACUGUUCCUCGUCAUGUUCAUCUUCGCCAUCUUUGGGAUGUCGUUCUUUAUGCACGUCAAGGACAAAGGUGGCUUGGACGACGUGUAUAAUUUCAAGACUUUUGUGCAGAGCAUGAUUUUGCUUUUCCAAAUGUCGACGUCGGCUGGAUGGGACGGCGUGCUGGACGGCAUCAUCAACGAGGAGGAGUGCGACCUGCCGGACAACGAGCGCGGGUACCCCGGCAACUGCGGCUCGGCCACCAUCGGCAUCACCUACCUGCUGUCCUACCUCGUCAUCUCCUUCCUCAUCGUCAUCAACAUGUACAUCGCCGUCAUUCUCGAGAACUAUUCUCAGGCGACGGAGGAUGUACAAGAGGGUCUGACGGACGACGACUACGACAUGUACUACGAGAUCUGGCAGCGGUUCGACCCCGACGGCACUCAGUAUAUCCGCUACGACCAGCUGUCCGAGUUCCUCGACGUGCUCGAGCCGCCGCUUCAGAUCCACAAGCCCAACAAGUACAAGAUCAUAUCGAUGGAUAUCCCGAUAUGCCGCGGAGACAUGAUGUUCUGCGUGGACAUCCUCGACGCGCUCACCAAGGACUUCUUCGCGCGGAAAGGAAACCCGAUCGAAGAAACGGGCGACAUCGAGCCGGGGCGGCCCGACGAGGUCGGGUACGAGCCGGUGUCGUCGACGCUGUGGCGGCAGCGCGAGGAGUACUGCGCGCGGCUGAUCCAGCACGCGUGGCGGCGGCACCGGCGCGGCGCGGGCGGCGAGGAGGCGGCGGACGCGGGCUCGGGCACGGCCGUGCUGCUGGACGCGGGCACGGCGCGGGUGGUGCUGGCGGGCGCGGGCGCGGCGCCGCGGCCGCCCGAGCCGGCGCCGCCGCCCGCGCCCGUCUGACCCGCGCUGGCGCUCGCGCUGCUGCCCGCGCUGGUCGACGACGCGCCGCUGCCUGCACCGCUGCCCGAGCUCCUCAGCCCGCCCAAGCGCACUUGAUUAUUGUUUACGCUAGAUGUUCGCUGUACAUAGUCGGCGGUGCGGCUGCCGCGCGCGCGCCCGGCCGUCACACGCCGCGCGUCCGCGCCGUUUCUUUUUGGGACGUUAAUUCGUGCGCGAUUAGAGACGUUCGAAGUGUUAAGUGGAGUGUUUUAUAUUCGCGUGGCCGAAGCUUUUGAGACUGUUUGUUUUGCGACUGACGUUCGCGCGAGUGUAAUAUAUAUUAUUAUAUUUUAUUGUACCGAUUCGUAUCUAUUUACAUCGUCGCGUUAAACCUGCCCAUGUGAGAGAAACCCGUUUUUUUAAGAGAAUCGUUGUAGCGAGCAUGUUUUUUGUCACUGAUAACGUAAUGUAAGGUAUCGGAUAAUAGUGAGGAAAUUCUAUAAGCUUAUUUUUGUAUUCGAUGAAUAUCACUGUCUGCCUGUAAAUUCUAAAUCGAUACGAUCUUUUAAUUAAGAUGACGGAGAUCGUUGAUUUGAUAAUAAAUUGUGAGAUAUCAUUUUUUUCCCCGAAAUGGUGUCGAACAAUAUCCGUAUACCCGUGCUAGAGUAGUGAGGCGUCGCACAGCGCGGCGCGAGUGCGUUGCUUCGUUCGGUUCCGCUUCAGCCGGCGGCGCGGCGGCCCGCGGGCGGCAGCGAGCGCGGCCCGCGGGCCGCCUGCGCGCGAGCCGGCCACGCAGCGAGCACAUUGAUGUAGCACACCAAUAUUUUAAACUUAACAACUUUAAACGAAAUUACCUUGUAUCAUUACAAUCAUUGUAACGUCUUCAACUCGUCCGUUGCGUUUGGACGUUAGUGUAAUCGUAUCUAAUAAACGCUUAAGAGAAGCAAUGGCUGCGCCGAUUCAUAUCAAUUUUGUCCGUAAUAGUUUUAAUAGUUCCAGUUUAUAAGCUUCUUACUGUACCGAAAUGACGUUGCGUUGUAUCUUUCUAUACGAGGUCGGCACACCGUCGGUCCCCUCGAGAUAAAGAGAGUUUAGACAAAUUUUUGCAAGUUAUAUCUAUGUAAGCUUAACAAAUCAGCUGUGAAAUCGGUACCAGAAUUCACUUCCGUCCUAAUUCAGUACGCAUCAUAUGAAUCGAGCCAUUUUAUGUAACGCGCACUUUCCAUGUAGGUACCUAGUUAAUGUAAUUUCCUUUCCCCGGAUUACAUUAACUGCGGAGCCGCGGGCACCCGGGCCGCUUCCCCCGGCCCGCCGCGCCCGCGCGCCGCCUUCCGUAUAUGACGACUUCAAGCGGGCCGGUACUGCUUCCAUGAGUAUUUCUCUCGCGAUUUACAUUCAAUGCUGUGACGAUCUUCGACUAACGAAAAAAGAACGCUAACCCAGACUACCCACCGAUUCGGCUAACUGAAAGAGUCACCUUAACUAGCAAAUAAGAUUUAUUGAUAAUACCUAAGAGAUCGAACGUCCCUUACCGAGUAAGGUAGUUAUUAUUGAGUAUGUAUUGUUUUUCAAAUGACACCUCUGUAGCGAUCCGUCGCUCGCCAGUGUCCGCGGCCGCAGAAGGCUGCCGAGCCACUAUACCGUGAAGAACUAUCGUAAUUCAUUUAUAAUUAAACUUUGGAAGUUGUCAAUUUUUUACAAAUCUGUAAAUAUUGAGAGCUUAUCGCCGGGUAGAUCCCAAAUCGCACGUCGCAACACAUAUUUUUCAUAAUACCUAUAUCUAGUAUGGAAUCAGCGAAUAAGGCAGCGUUACGUAAAUAAGCUUGAAGCAAUAAACGUAAACGUGUGCUCGACAAACGUUUUCGCUUUUCAUUAUGGAACAAGUCACCGAAUAGUUGUGUGUCGGUUGUUUUCAAUUCGUUUUAAUAAAAUGUGAAUAACUGAAAGGCAAGACAAUCUACGUGUUGCAGUUUAAAGAGUCAGUGUAUUGUAAACUAAAAGAGAUGCUUACCGUUUUGCACAUAUUUUGCAAUAAUACCAGUACGUGAAGAGUAUGUACCGUGGGUGGCGGCCGGCGCGGUGCUGGCGCUUCCCCCGCCGCGCUCCGCGCCGCCCCGCCAUACCCGCUCAUUUUUCAAUUGGUUUUUCUGUUCCUUUGACCUGUUUCGUUCACUUCUUGUUAUAUAUAUACGACGAACGGUCUUUAACAUCCUUUUGUGUUGGUCAAACCAAACGUUUUACUAUUAGGCAUAUUUGCACAAAGAAGUUGUGUUUAAUUAAGUUUAGGACAAUAAGUUAUGAUAUCAUUGUAUUAUUUCUUUAAAUAUAUGACAAAAAAGUGAGUUCAGUUUGCUGAAUGAUAGAGGUUUACUUGAGUAUUUAUUAUAUAUAUUGUUGAAGUUUGUACAAAAUAAAUUAAGUAAACGAUGAAAUAUAGAACUUGACUGCUUUA